AUGGUCACUGCCAAAAUCAAGGCCACUCUUGCUGCAAAUAUCAUAGUCGUUGCCAUUUCUCUUGAUACUGUCAGUGUCAUUGACUUCAUUGCCUUAAUCGUUAUGAUUAUCAUUAUCAAUAACAUUAUCACUGUUAGUUGGAUAAAAGGUUUGCGGGAAGAGGCCUUGGCCAACGACUCCCGACGUAUUGGGAUGAUUGGGGAGUACCUGGAGACUCAGCUCUAUCCAAACCUCUUGACUUUCCUGGAUGGCAAGGGAAGGCAGAGACAGGAGAAUUGGGGCCCCAAGGACUGCGAGUCUGUGUCCACGGCACGCAGGAACCAGGACCAGUACAAAGUGGUCACGUGGACCUACGGCAAGAGAAGACGAGUGAAUGGACGUGUGGACUUUGAGAGAUCCUGGGCUGACUACCGGAUGGGUUUCGGUGACCCGCACGGCGACUAUUGGCUUGGUCUGGACGACAUGGCUGACCUCACCAGACAUCGUGACCAAGAUCUACGAAUAGACUUUCUAUUCAAAGGCAAAAACUAUACUUUCCCUUACCUCCCUUUCCGCGUGGCGCCCCUUCAAGACAACUUCCGGUUAGACAUGGGAUCAUACAUAACAGAUGAGUUCUACCGGGUUCACAACGGCGCAGUAUUUUCCACGUGGGACAAUGACAAGAGCGGAGGGUGCUCCAAGAAAACCUAUAAGACGGGAUGGUGGUUUGUACGUUGUCAUCAAGUCUACCACAACGGCGUCUGGCGCUCGACCGAGUGGGCUAAAAUGAUUGUCUGGGCAAGUGUCACGGGGAAUUAUGAGGGUGCCGAUUUUGUCAGCAUGAAAAUCCGACGCCACGCUAACAAGUGA